UGUAUGUCCCCAGCCUAUCUACCACUACACUGUUCGUUUGGUGAAUGUGGUUUUGUGAUACAAGAGAAGGGUGAAGAACAUUGUCCUAGGUUAUGUUCCGAGGGUAAGAAAUGUGCCGACUGUGUUACGAUGCCAGGAUGUGGGUGGUGUGCUUUAGAAGGACAGAAUGGAUUAGGGGCGUGUCUACCAGGGGGUCUACAUAAACCAACUAGUGGACAAUGUAGUGUAGAGAAUAUAUCUAUUGAUAUGAGUGAUAUACCUGGAAUAGGAGCUAAUACUGUAUCUUGGUCGUUUGGUCAGUGUCCACCUGAAAACGAGUGUAUCAAUCAACAUGAUUCUUGUGAUAGAGAAACACAGAACUGUAUCGAUACAACAACAUUUUAUGUCUGUCAGUGUAAAGAAGGCUACAUACAUACUGGUAAAAGCUGUGAACCAGUUUGUCACCAGGGUUGUGAUCAUGGAACGUGUGUACGACCAGAUCGUUGUAAAUGUCAUUUUGGUUGGGUCGGUGAUAAUUGUUCAGUAGAGUGUCAGUGUAAUAAACACAGUAAUUGUCGGAGUACAACGGAACCUAGUGUCUGUCUCGACUGUCAAAACAAUACACAGGGAGCUCAAUGUCAGGAAUGUAAAGAACAUUUUGUAGGAAAUCCACGAGACGGAGGAGAAUGUAUACCAUGUUUAAUGUUCUGUUAUAAUCAUUCAUCUAAAUGUUUAACUCAUAAAGAAUUUAUAGCCUCACAGAUUGAAAUGGGAGAUCUCGCUCAGAUUAGACCAAUGGAAAGUGAUGCUAAAUGUGUCAAGUGUAAACAUAAUACAACUGGUACAAAAUGUGAAAAAUGUCUGGAUGGUUAUUUUAGACUACAAGAUCGACCCAAAACAGAGGGUUGUAUCAAGUGUCAAUGUAAUGGACAUAGUAAUAUGUGUAAUGAACAUACUGGUGAAAACUGUCAAUGUCAUAAUAAUACAGAGAGUAAAUGUGACAGUAAAGAUGAUAGUAUACCUUGUUGGAGAUUACAGUGUUCCCAUUGUAAAGAGUAUUUUAUUGGUACACCAACAGAAGGUCAUCAAUGUUAUCGUCAACUGACUAUUGAUAGAGAAUACUGUUUUGACCCUGAAACACAGAAGAAUUGUAAUCAGUAUCCCCAUCCUUUACAUCAAGGUCGUACUGUGUUUUUUGAAGUUCCACCUAAAUAUUUAAACGUUGAUAUACGAGUAACUAUUGAUGUUACAAUGGGAGGUGUUGACGUGUAUUUUGCGAACAGUGAAGAAAUAUUUGUGACUGAUGUGAAUGUAACGAAUGGAAUUCAUCUUGUACAUCUUGAUAAUAAACUGAUAGUUGAUGCUUCGGAAGCUUUAUUUGGUCAUUCAGAUUUAUUACGUAGAAAUAAACGAAGUGUGUUUGAAGAUUCUAAUCAUGGAAAACGUGCUGCAGUUAACUCCCCUGUGACGGGGCCGUUUUCGUUACAGGAGGUCAAGGCCAACGAUCUCAAUACUUUUAUUACAAUUAAAAAACAUAUGACAAUAUUAGUGGUUCGCGAUGUUCAAUUUCGCUUAGUCAUUACUCUACCUAGCGACGUUCAUAAACUCGGUACCUCGCGAUUUUUUAUCGUUCUCUCUAGUAAAGGAGAUAAGAAACAUAACGUGACGUAUGGAAGUUUGUAUUUCCGUCAAGAUCAACCCCAUAUUGAUCUUUUCGUUUUCUUUUCUGUCUUCUUCUCGUGUUUUUUCCUAUUUUUAGCAAUGUGUGUUAUGUUAUGGAAAAUGAAACAAGCGUUUGAUACGAGGAGAAAUCGUCAAUUACGAGCCCAGGAGAUGGAAUGUAUGGCUUCCAGACCGUUUGCCAAAGUAUUAGUUUUAAUAAAACAUGACUAUUCUAUACCUACCCCUGUUUCAUUCUCGUUACGUAAAAAUCGACCGUUGAAACUAGUCCCUAAAAACAUGCAUUGUCCGAACCCCAGUCCUAUUCAUCUUCCACCUAUUAAUAUCAAAGAACCACAACUCUGUACAGCACCGAUAGCAGUGGAACCUACAGACGAUGGUAUUGCAGCUGUUGGUACUAUUUUAAUUCAGUUACCAGGUGAUAUUCAUGCACCAACUAAAUUAUGUCUGGGUUCGGCGUUGACGAUGAGACUCAGUCCUCCAGUUCAGGCUACGAAAGGAAACACAAGAGCCCGGCCCAGUGCUACUACUUGUUGA